AUGCGAUAUCAAUUCGAGCUCGCAGACGUGGAGGUAGAAGCGCUCAAGAAUUCCGUUGCGAAAGAGGCCGGAAUCGCCUCUAUUGGAUUGGUUAACCUGGCAGGAAAGGAGUCAUCACGUGAAAUUGCUAUCUUCUGGGACAUGGAGCUGAAGAAGUAUUCAUCUGAAGUCGGAAUUACUGUCUACUGUUCGCUACAGCGGGUUUUGUCAUUUAACACAUUACCUUCAUCACCCAGAUACUUCUCUUCACAGUAUUCAAACUACUUCAAAAUGUCUACAAGACGAUCAGCUCGGUUGAGUGCAGUAUCCCUCAUCACCGGGAAACCAUCUGAAACUGCAUCCGCUGCUUCUGUGGCAAAAGACGCCAAGGCUAUUGAUGGAGAUGACCCAACAGGAUCUAAGGUUAAAGUCGGCAGGAAGAGAAAGACUGUAUCUCCAGAAGCAUCCGAAUCUUCGUUGACCCCCAUACCUCCCAAGACCAAAAAAAGGAAGGCUGUCCUUCCAGAAGCAUCCGAAACUGAAUUACAUCCCAAAGUUCCCAAGACCAAAAAAGGAAAGGCUGCCCUUCCCGAAGCAUCCGAACCUGAACUACCUCCCAUACUUCCAACCCCAAAGAAGAGGGCAACUGCUACACACAAAUCCUCUAAUUCUCCAUCCACCAAAAAUGCAAGCCCAUCAACCCCAAAGAGAAAAAAGGCAUCCCCCAUCCUUCCGCCUCCAGUGACUCCGACCCCUGCAGCUAUCGGAUCAAUGUCCAGCCCUUAUAAGGACGUCGACGAUAGUAUGCCUCCACCUUCUGUACCCCUUGAUCGUCUCGCUGUUCUAAAUGGGACAAAUGCUCCAUUAGUAACGCCCGAAACUCAUCGACUCAUUGCCAACAAACCUAUGGACGAAGUAUCUCCAUCAAAACCACCCGUAGCCAAAUUCUCAACCUCUGAUAUUUUGGACAAAGCUAUAGAGCACUUGAUCAAAGUUGAGCCCAAGUUAAAGCCAGUUAUUGAAAAGCAUCCAUGUCGAUUAUUUUCUGUUGAGGGAUUAGCUGAGGAGAUAGAGCCUUUUAAGGCGUUGGUCAGUGGAAUCAUAUCGCAGCAGGUCUCCGGUGCGGCGGCCAAAUCCAUCAAAGCUAAAUUUGUGGCACUUUUCAACCCACCUGAUUCAAACCCAUCUACCCACACAUUCCCGACCCCUUCCGCUAUUGUACCUACUGAUAUACCUCACCUCCGCACCGCGGGCCUCUCCCAACGAAAAGCCGAAUACAUCCACGGCCUCGCCCUCAAAUUCACCACUGGUGAGCUAACCACCCCCUUCCUCCUCACCGCAUCUUACGAAGAAGUUCUCGCCUCCCUAAUCCAAGUCCGUGGUCUCGGCAAAUGGAGCGUUGAAAUGUUUGCCUGUUUUGCUCUCAAACGACUAGAUGUUUUCAGUACCGGAGAUCUAGGGAUUCAGAGGGGAAUGGCCGCGCUAGUCGGUAGAGAUGUGGAGAAAUUGAAGAAAGCGGGGAAGGGGGCAAAAGGGGGUGGAAAGUGGAAGUAUAUGGCGGAGAAGGAAAUGGAGGAGAUGGCGGAAAAGUUUAGUCCUUAUAGGUGA